CAACCUUCCUUCUUUCUCUCACUGACAUGGAGUCGCAUUCAACCACAGGAUUGGCUAGUACAAGCUCUGACUCGAGCAAUUCUAAUACGUCUGAAUCUGGAGAUCAUCCCAUAGCUGCAGAAUUCAGGAAGUGGCAGGUGUGAACUCCCACUAUUAACAGUUCCAGAUUCUAAGUACUAGACACUCUAUUCCAACGCUGCACCCCGAAUGACGGAAGACUUGUUCGAUUUCACGGUGGAUGAAGCUACCAGAAAACAGCGGGAACAAGCUUACUUGGAUGCAGUCGAAGCUGCUACGAAGGAUAUUAACCGAGACUUUAGGAAGUGGUGUGAGGAUCAUGAAGAAGAGCUUGCAGCGUGGUCGGAGACCUGGGCAUACCAUGAAGACGACAUCGACUUUAUGGAUCUAUGCCAUUAGGUAUUCCCCCGGCCCUGCUCUCCCUAUCGCCUUGUUUUGUAUGAUCUCCCGGUACUCCAAUCAAUGUUUUCUUGUCACCAUAGUUGCAUUCUGUAAUUCGAUGUUCUAUAUUUCAAGCAUCCUUUGAACAACAUUAGGCCACGGAUGGACACUAGGGUGCCAUGCCAUGACGAGACUUUAUAGCCUUUACCUAUGUUUACAUCCAUGCCACGGGCC